AUGUGCAGUGCUGCACCAGCGGCGCAUUUCUUAUUCACUGGCGAGCUUUCUGGCUGCUCCGUGAUAGUGACCCGGCACCAGGCCAAUUAUCGAGUUUACCAUGAUGCGCGAUACUGCAGCUCUGUUCUGUAUGACAAAGUUGAGAUGGCCAUAGACUAUCUUGAUUAUGCCGAGGAUUAUAGCGACAUGGUUUCUCGCAAGAUCGCGGUCGCAACUGCUUGCAUGAACUACGACCAUGGCGGCUGGACGCUUUAUACACAGUUUCUGAACGAGAACGAGGAAGAUGCACGCAAUGUUUCACCUGGGGAUGUCCCCGACUGCAAACGGGUUCUGCGAUGGAAGGGAGCUGGUCCUAUGGUGGCUAGAAAUAGCUAUCAAGCUCCUGACAUUUCAGGUCUCCGGGAAAGUCUCUUUGAAAGUCUUAAAGCAAUCAUGAUCGAGUACUGCGGAGAAGCAUCUAUUCCAAAUGUAUCAGAUGGGGCCUUUGAACAUUUUGAUGUCACUAGGCCACCAAGUCUGAUGAACCCUGCUGUCGCUCGAACCGAAUCGCUCCGCACCGCAAUGAAGACCCACCGUCUGGACGCGAAGAUACGGGAGUUGGUUCAACGUGGAAGGAAACCGGAUAUCGUGCUCAGGCAAUUUCUCAGGAUGCAGAGCGACAGCCAGAGUACAGAUGCUACCUAUCUUUGGCUUAGGAUGAAGCAAGUGGCGGGGACCCUGGCCGUGGUGAAUAAUUCCUAG